AUGACCAACGCAUACUCGUUCGAUGGUAUGGUCAUCAUCUCGCUGCUGUUUGUCUGCACCAUGGCCUACGUUCGCUCCGUCCCUCGUCUCCGCAAGUGGCUCAUGUCCGAGCGCAAGGCGAGCGGUAAGGGCAAGGGCAAGAGCAAGGGCAAGGGCAAGGGCAAGGGCAAGGCAGCAGGAAAGGACAAGGGCGAAGGCAAGGGCAAGGGCAAGGAGAAGCAGAUGCUGAACUCGUCUGAGCUGGGCGAUACCCGCAUUCCGGCAUGGCGCUACUCGCGCGACAAGGGCAAGUGGUCUACCUCUGGCUCGCCGUUUGCCUCUCUCUCACUCGCCGAUGUGGUAGCACUGCCGCCGCCACAAUCGGCCUCGUCCUCGCCUAAGAUCUCAGUUCUCACCUUUAACGUCUGGUUCCACGAAACCGAGAAGGAGCGCCGGACCGUGGCCCUUCUCGACCACAUUGCCUCGCUUCGUCCGCUGCCGACCCUGCUCUGCUUCCAGGAAGUGACCCCGCCGUUUCUCAAGGCUCUUGCUGCCAUGCCUUUUAUCCGCGAUGGCUACGCUCUCUCUGACUAUGGGCCGUGUGGUACGCUGCUGCCCUACGGGGUCGUCAUCGCCUCGGCCCUCCCCACCCUUGGCUUCCGCAUUCUGGACAUGCGGUCGACCCAAAACCGCAAGCUCCUCGUGGCUGAGACUGCCGUGCCCACCCCGCGUGGCUACUUCCCGGUUGUUCUCGCCUCGGUCCACCUCGAGUCACACAAAGCCUCGGGCUGGCUCCGCGUCAAGCAGCUGCAGUCCAUCGUCUGGCCCGCCCUCGCCCGCUACCGCUACCUCGGCUUCCCGACCCUCACCAUCCUCGCCGGCGACACAAACAUCGACGACACGUGGCUCGACGAGAAUCGCGCCCUCCUCGCCGCCGGCUACGAGGAUCUGUGGCCGUACUGCCACGGCGCCGACACCAAGGGCUACACAGAGAACACAGACAUCAACGACAUGGCCCGCAUCCACAAGCGCAUCCCGGUCUUUGUCCGCUACGACCGCAUCCUUGCCCGCGUCCAGGACACACAUCCGCUCUUUCCACCCUCAGGCCUCCCGCCGCAGCUCCGUGGCAACUCGCCCGUCCCGCCGCCAGACACCUACUGGCGAGUCGACGACAUUGUCCUUGACGGCACUGUCCCCUUCACCCACUCUCCACGCCCACUGUGGUUCUCCGACCACUUUGGCCUCCACGCCAAGUUUUCGCUCCACCUCCCACGCUCCUCCAACUCACUCUCCAACGAGCUCAACCUCUCCAUGUAUCUCAAGCGCCGCGCCGGAAUGCGCUCCGUCGUCUUCCACGGCUCCUCGUCGUACGCCUCGUCGUCUGACUCGUCAGACUCGUCAGGCUCGUCCUCCAUCGGCGACAAGACGCCAACGUCGGCUCGCAUCCCGUCAGACGUCGAGCACUCCAUGACGUCAUCUUCGUCGUCGUCAGGCUGUGUCCGCCCCUCGGCCGCACACCUCAACGACAGCAGUGAGUCGGACUCGCGUGGCCGCACCCUCCCGUUCGAGUCCUCGCAACGCUCGCCGCCGGUCUCUAUGUCCUACGCGCCACUCUCUGCCAAGGCCUUUAAGGACCCGUACGGCUCCGACUACGUCCCACACUCCCGCUCGCCGUCGCGCCGCUCGCGCAAGUCGGGCAAGUCGCCACGCAAACCGGGCAAGCGCUCUAAGCCCAAGCGUGGUGACGAAGACUACCUCUCGGACUUUAUGCCCUUUGACGCCCGCUCGCCCCGCAGACGCGGUUCCGGCGGCGGCGACGGCUUUGUCCCCCACGAAGCCGGCUUUAUCUCCAACCACAGCGCCUCACACCGCGCCCGCCACCGCAGCCGUGGCAAGUCGUCGUCCAAGCGCUCCCGCGAGCACCACUAA